AGAGUACAAAAAAGGGGGUUAAUGCGCAAGCGCGCACACAGAAGCGCGCACACACGCUGGGCUGCGAUCCGUGCGCAAUAAAAGGGUUCACAAUUUCUUUCCCAACCGGGACCAUGUUACGGUAAAGAGAGCGGAUUAACCAGACGAGCUGAGAACCAGCGGGAAUGAGGCUGUGAACCCAUAGACAUUGCCCAUGUGGACUGCAAUAUGAAGACAUUAACUUAAACGAGAGGUCUGCCAGAAAUGAAUUCUCAUUUCUGUGACUUCAUGAUGGAUUUCCUGUGACUCUUGGCUGGAAAUACAAUCAAUACCUAAAAAAGAACCAACUGGAAUAUCCAUUCCUGCCAUAUUACUUGUCAAUCGACAGUUGUUUUGGAAUGUAAACAAGAUACAUUUUAUAACCCCUUUAACUCCUCUGGCUGGUUCACUGGGAAAGUAGACAAUCAAAAGCAAGUUCUGGGUUCAUUAUGUUGAAGCCUGACGUAACCAUCUUGCACUGAUUUCUUCACUUUUCAUCGAAAAGGGUCUGGCCUAAACAUGCUGCUGAAGAAAAAGUUGUGCAUCGUUGCCUUGUUUGGAGGUGUCCUGUUUUUUAUGAUCGCCUCUCACACCAUUCAGAAAAACAGCUUCGACAUGGACACGGCUGCUCACAGCAGUGCCAGGACUGUAACUGAGAUUAGUAAACAUCGCUCGUGUAGCUGCUCAAAUUGUAUCAAAGACCCAGGCAUUUCACAGUGGUUCGACCAGCGCUUUGACUAUAAGCAGCAACCGUACCUUACUGGUGAUGAAAAUCAAAUAGAUCCAGUGUCAUUAAAGUGGUGGCGGGGCUUGCAGAGUUCAUCAAAUAUUUCCCUCAAUGAAAUAAUCGAGAAGAUGUUUACAGUGAUUUCUCCUCCUGUGAAAAAAAGUCAGAAAUGUCAGAAAUGUGCUGUGGUUGGAAAUUCAGGAAAUCUGCUGCAGUCCAAGUAUGGAGCUUUAAUAGACUCCCAUUCCACUGUCUUCCGGAUGAAUAAAGCUGUGACUUUGGGUUUUGAGCAAUAUGUAGGGAACAAGACCACUCACCACAUCAUGUACCCUGAGAGUGCUGUGGAUCUGGCUCCUGGCAUCCAUCUUGUCUUGCUGCCAUUUAAAUCGAGAGAUCUUGAGUGGCUGACCAGUGCCCUUUCAACUGGCAAAAUCAAAACGACCUACAUGAGAGUGAAAGAACUUGUGCAAGCAGAUAAAGAUAAGGUGAUGGUGGUGAACCCAAGCUUCUUUAAGUACACUCAUGACCGCUGGACAGAGCAACAUGGCAGAUACCCCUCUACUGGCAUGCUGGCUAUCGUGUUUGCUCUACACCUCUGUGAUGAGGUGUCAGUGUUCGGUUAUGGGGCAGACUCACAGGGUAAUUGGCAUCACUACUGGGAAGAGAACAAGUAUGCAGGAGCCUUCCGCAAGACAGGUGUGCACAGCGCGGAUUUUGAACGAGAGAUCAUUCUGAAAUUACAUUCAGAAGGCAAAAUUAAACUAUACCCAAAGGUGCAAAGAAAGUCUCCUAAUGAUGUUAAUGAAUGAAUCAUGGCAACAUGUGUAUAUGACAUAUUGACACAUAGCCAAAGAAGAGCUACAAACAGCUGUGAUCAACCCAGCUAGUGACCACUGUGAGCAAUGCUGAACCAAACCAACUGACUAACAUGCUGUAUUCUCUCCAGACCAAACAAUCCUUUAUUAUUAUUAUUAUUAUUAUUAUUAUUAUUAUUAUUAUUAUUAUUUAAAAGCCUUGUUGUACGUGUCUUGUGUUUUAUGCUGAACCAGUUCUUGUGAAGAUGCAGAAGCUAAUGAAAAUAAAAAUAUAAACGCAUCUAUGGGGAGCAGCUUAAGGCUGAUUUGUACAACACUGUGCUACAACUGACAGCCUUAUAGACACUGGAGAUUUUAGACUAGUACAUUCUUAGACUCCAUAAUGUAAAUUGCAAUGACCAAACCCAUGUUAAUCCCAUGGAUCACGUCCAAGACAACAACUCUACUGCAGCUGACAGCAAUAUGUAGUUUGUAUUAUAUUGCAGUGUCUAUAGAAAUUGACUUUUUACUACAUGAAUUAUGGCAUAUGGAAAAUGGCAUUUUAUAGGUAUUGUUUUUUAGGACUGUUAUAUGGUAUGGAUAUGCAUAUGGAUUUUACCAUAACAAUCAAGGAGACAGAACUACCGACAGUUAUUGAAAGGAAAAGACCAGCCUUUGUAGCUACAACUGAAUAAGUUUUCAUACUUCCACAUCACUUCUCCUGUUGGAACCAAGGGGGUGAAUAUUUAUGCAAUGUUGCUCUCAGCAUUGGACAUCUGUGCCUUUUCCAUAGCAGCACUGACCAAACAUAGAUAACACUUUAGUCACACUUUCCUCACUGAUAAUUUAACACUUCUUGCUUUUGUUAACAGGAGGUUUUAGAGAUAAGUGGGGUGCCUGAUUUUAAUCAUAGGAAUGAUGGACAGUAUUGAAACAGUGGUGCUUAGUGUCAUUGUAUUAUUAAUGUAAUGAGUUUAAAUUGAUCUUUUACACUGCUGAAAAGGUGGAAUAUAUCGUUUUUAGUUUCAUGUCAGUAUUUCUGGCCACGUUUCUUUGGUUAUAUGCCUGUGGUUUCAUUUGUUCUUAUAUGUUUAUGAAUGUAUUAUGUUUUUUCUUAUAGACUCUGUUGCCCUGUGUCAAAUAAGUGUUAUUCCUGUGGUUAUUCCACAAAUUCACUUAAAAGAUAAUCAUUCCAUUGAGCUGGAAAGAACAUAUAGAGAGAUGCCCUCUCUGAUUCUGUACACGCAUGAAAAUAAUUCAGUGGACAUAAAUGUUUUCAUUGUGUUAUUUUAAAAAAAAUAUAUAUUCUAAAUGAGAAACAACAAAUGGUUGAAAUAGUUUUUUAUUUCAGUUGUAAUUCAUCAUAGAUUUGAAGCAAAGAUGAACAUUAUUUUCAGUUGUUAUUUUUGCUUAUCGGCAUCACAAGCAUUAGCCACAGGCCUUACCUUGUACUCAAGUGUGCAAGUAGAAAAAUAAAGAAGUAAAUCACA